AUGCCUGGAAGACGGGCGCUUGGCCCGUUCCUCCGGCUCCUCGUCAUCCUCCGGGCCGCCGCCUUCAACCUGGACGAGGGGACGGUGCUGAGGAAGAACGGAGAGGCAGAGAGCCUGUUUGGAUUUUCCCUGGCAAUGCACCACCAGCUCAGACCCACGGACCAGCAGUCCUUGCUGAUUGGUGCACCACGUGCUAAAGCCUUACCUAUCCAUAAAGCCAACAUAACUGGAGGUCUCUAUCGCUGCAAGUUCACCAUGGAGACCGAUGACUGUGAACGGAUCGCCGUGGAUACUGAGGUUGUGAAUCCAGGGGAUGGAGAGGAUCACAGGGAAAACCAGUGGCUGGGUGUGCGUGUGCGUAGCCAAGGCCCAGGGGGCAAAGUGGUGGUGUGUGCCCACCGCUACCAGUACUGGGUACACAGCAGUCAACUGGUCCUGGGGAGGUGCUUUAUCCUGGGGGAGGACCUGAACGUGGAGGAUACCAGGACAUUCUGUCUGAAUCGGCCCAGUGAUAAAGUCUUGUUCGGCUAUUGCCAGCAGGGUCUGUCUGUGGCCUUUACCAAUGACAGCAACUACAUUGUGUUUGGUGCACCGGGUGCCUAUGACUGGAAAGGUACAGUGCGCAUGGCACCGGUUGAGGACUUCACCCUGGAGUUUUACGAAACUGGAUAUCAGAAUGUGUUUAGAGGAGAGUCCAUUCCUCUGGGCCUCAGCAGCUAUUUAGGCUUUGCGUUGGACUCUGGGAUGAAUCUACUCAGGAAAGGGGAGCAAAUUAUAGUAGCAGGAGCGCCACGCUCCAACCUCAGCGGUGAGGUUGUGCUGUUGAGGCCCCAGGCCUGGCGAGGCGUAAAGACUCUGAGUGUGCCGCACAUCCUCACAGGCCCCGGUCUAGCAUCCUCUUUUGGCUACUCACUGGCCGUCCUCGACCUUAAUGCAGAUGGAUGGGAUGACCUCCUAGUGGGAGCGCCCCAGUUCACAAUGGUGGAUAUGGACAGUGAUGUGGGAGGGGCUGUGUACGUCUUCAUCAACCACGUGAGCGGCCAAGAUUGGGACCACAUGGAGCCAGAGGUUCUUUACGGCCACACAGGCUCCAUGUUUGGACUAGCGGUGGCAAGCAUUGGAGAUGUCAAUCAGGACCAUUAUAAUGACUUUGCAGUUGGAGCCCCUUAUGAAAAUGAUGGGGCGGUUUACAUUUACCUUGGUUCAGCUAAACACUUUUCAAAACAUUCAUAUCAGGUUUUGUAUGGUAAACCCCAUAACAUCAAGUUAUUUGGCUAUUCCUUGGCUGGCAACAUGGACAUAGAUGGGAAUGGAUACCAAGACUUGGCUGUGGGUUCACUCUCUGACAGCGUAUUUCUUUACAGGGCUAAACCAGUAAUCAGCAUUAAGAAAACUUUGAAAUUAAUGCCAAGUGAGAUUGAUUUCCAGGCAAAAGACUGCCAGAAAGGACACUGCAUCAUCACAGCAGAAUCCUGCUUUUCCUUCACUACUUAUCCAGAGACAUAUGACCCCAAACUGCAGAUUCUGUACAAACUGGAUGCUGAUAGAAACAGCCUGCGGUAUGAUUCACUGCCCCGGGUGGUAUUCCAGACCCCUGCGGAGGACAUACUCAUGUUCCGCAGACAGGCCCAGAAGCAAUGCAUCCAGACUCGGCUCCGGCUCUUGGGAAACAUUGAGGACAGGCUAAGAAACAUCCCCAUUAGUGUGUCAGUGUUCCUGCCGUCUGACACCCCUGCUCAGACAGUGAGCCGAAGGUCGCUUCCUGCCCUAAAACCAGUGCUCGAUGCCCUUCAACCUAAAGAAACCACAUCUGAGUUCAAGUUCUUGAACAUGGGAUGUGGAAAUGAUAAUGUCUGCCAGAGUAACCUGCAGCUUCAGUACCGUUUCUGCACGAAAGACCAGCAUCAGGACAAAUGCUCUCUACUAGCCAGGGAGGAUGGUGUAGCAGUUAUUACAGCUGGUGGUGAAAACACUGCCCUGGAAAUCACUGUGACAAACCAAGAUGGAGAUGAUGCAUAUCUUACCAGACUGUUUAUGAACUUUCCUGAGUCUCUCCCUGUAUCAUCUAUUGUUCUUCAGCAGGACAGUAAAGUGAACGUGCAGUGCACAGUGGAUGGGAAUCAAACCGAGGCAGCGUGCCAGCUGGGAAACCCUUUCAGGAGAAACACGGAGGUGACGCUGUAUCUCAUGCUAAGCUCUGCGAGGCUGUCCUUAAGCUUAACAGACAUCAGUGUGACCCUGCGGCUUGAGACGAUCAGUACACAGAAUAUUUCAGAAACUGUCGCGGAGGCAAAAGUCAUCUUUGAGAUGGAUCUCCAAGUCUUAGGACUGGCUCGACCUUCUCAAGUAUACUUUGGAGGAACAGAAAAUGCACAUAUGCCAGUAACAUCAGAGGAAGAGCUUGGUUCACCUGUGGAGUAUGAGUUCAGGAUCAGCAACACAGGUCGUCCUCUGAGGUCAUUCACCUCGGCAACCCUGAAUAUCCAGUGGCCCAAGGAGAACAGUCAUGGCAGGGAGCUCCUCUACCUGGUGCAGAUCACUGGUGUGAAUAAACAAGCCAUCUUGUGCAGCCCAGCCACUGAAAUCAACCCACGCAAAUAUACCAAGGUAGUGGUGUCCAGAGGAAAACGUCAGGCAGAAAGAGAAUCAGAGCUGGAGGCACUUAGCACUGACAGAAUCAUCUCCGUAUUUGGAGGCAGAAGAAAGUAUGAGCUUCUGACAUGUGGUGAUCGGUUGAAGUGUGUGGAACUUAAAUGCCCCCUAGAGGCGGUUGACAGUACUGCAGUUGUUGUUCUCCUCACCCGACUAUGGAACAGCACAUUUCUUAAAGAAUACAGCUCCCUGAAUUAUCUGGACAUUGUAUUAAAUGCUUCUCUCAGUCUUGAUGGAUCUCAGAGGAAUAUAAGGCUUCAGGAGACUCAAACACAGGUGAGGCUGACGGUGUUCCCAGAGAAGAAGCCCGCUCUCCUGAGCAGGGUUCCCUGGUGGGUUGCUCUGCUCAGUGUUGUGCUAGCACUGCUCUUACUCACGCUGCUGAUGUACUGCCUGUCAAAGCUUGGAUGCUUCAAUUGUGCAAUGUGUACAGAAGAUUACAAAGGAUAUUAUGUCCUCAACAAAAGCAACAUUGCAGCAUAGAUGUCU